AUGGUUACGUUGGGAAUUGCUAAAGAUAUCACUGCAGAGACGAAAUUGAAAAAUGUGAGUUAGCCUAAAUUUUUUUGGGCUUCAAAAACUCAUCUGAGUUAUGACGUGGCAAAGAUUUGAGUUCUGGAUUAUUCUGUAGAUCAAAUAUUUUUUUUAAAAAUGCCACGUGGCAGAAUAUCUACAGUAAUUUAGUUUUUGCAAUUUCGAACUAAAUUCCACGUGGAAAAAAUUGUGCCGAAAUUCGUUUCGUAAAAAAGGCUUUUUGAAAAAGCGCUACAGUAAUCAAAAUAUUUCAAAUUACUGUAGACACAAAAUUUUUGUAGAUCAAUUUUUUUUGUUUCGAAAAAAAUACCACGUGGCAGAAUAUCUACAGUAAUCAAAGUAUACUGUAAUUCAAAAUUUUUGAAUGAAUAAAAUUUUGUAGAUCAUUUUUUUUUUUCGAAAAAAAAAAUGCCACGUGGCAGAAUAUCUACAGUAAUUUAAUUUCUGCAAUUUCGAACUAAAUUCCACGUGGAAAAAAUUCUGCCGAAAUUUGUUUCGUCAAAAAGGCUUUUUGAAAAAGCGCUACAGUAAUCAAAAUAUUUCAAAUUACUGUAGACACAAAAUUUUUGUAGAUCAAAUUUUUUUUUCGACAAAAAUACCACGUUGCAGAAUAUCUACAGUAAUCAAAAAAAAAAUACUGUAAUUCAAAAUUUUGUAGAUCAUUUUUUUUUGAAAAAAAAAUUGGCCACGUGGAUUUUUGAGCUUGGAAUUUUUUUUUUGAGUUAUGAAAAUCAACAUUUUGUGAAAUCCAAAAAAAAAAUCCAGAAUAUUUUUUGCAGCUUCUCCCCCAAACUCAAUUUUUCGGCGCCGAUCCUGCAAACAUCUCACAAAUCUACACAAAAAUCGGACAGCAUUUUCAAUUCGGAGUCUCCGCCAAAACUGGGCUCAAAAGCACCAGAAUUUAUGCGAAUAGUUAGUUGCUUUUUAAAAAAAAUUUAAAAAAAAAAAAAAGAAAACAUCUUCAGAUGGAAUUAUGGAAACUCGUGUGAAAAAUGUGAAUUUUGUGGAGUUUAUCGACGAAUAUGUGCAAAGGAAAUUGGUGCAUUUUUUGUGGAUUGAUAUUGAAGGAGGGGAAUUUGAAAUAUUUGAAAUGUUGUAUAGAAAUGGAGACAUCGAUACAAAUCACAUUGAUAUUUGUCAAAUUAAUUUUGAGGUGGGGGAAUUUUUCGAAGAUGAUUUAGAAGAAGUUCAGAGAUCUCCUGAAUUUUUUUGGAAACUUUUGAAGUAUUUUAGAAGAUCUAAAAAUUGUUCUAGAAUAUCUAAGAGAUUCAGGAACAAAUCUAGAAGUUACCUGAACUUCUGAGAUUUUCUUCUAGUUUUUUUUUUUUUGAGAAAUUUUGAUAUAUUUUCUGCAAUUUCACGUCGAAUAUGAUGUUUCCAAUAAAAUUUCGGCGAAAAAUUCAAAUUUCCAAAAGAAAAUCUGCAAUUUUUGAUGAAAUCCCAUGAAUUUUCCUAGAAAAAAAUUUGGAAUUCCAAACUUUUUUUUUCCAGAUUCAUCAAGGAGUUAUGGAGGAAUCGCUGAAAAAACAAGAACCCGAAAAAUUCGCAAAUUUUCUUCAAAAACUCGUCGCCGAUGGGAGAUAUGUGAUUCUGAAGGCUUCCAAUAUUAGACAUCGUAAUUUUUUGAGAAUUUUUCUGGUGAAUGUUGAAAAUGCGGAGUGUCGUAGGCUGUUUAUUGAUUGA